AGAUUGGGAUUUAAACUCAAUUUUUGGGAAAUCGAUUUCGAAAAAAUGUCCAUUAACAAGCUCUAGUAACAUAGAAAUUAUAGAACCACCAUCCCUGACGGAAGAGGAGACGAAAGGCACCGAAGGACUAGUUAUUCAACGACCAACGAUCCAUCCUCAAGCUCAUCCUCAUGGAUUACCCGUUGAUGGUAAACAUACUUAUAAUAUCCUUCAAGCCGUUUUACCUUUAGAAAUCGAAAUGAAAUGGCCAACAGAAGAAAGAUUUAAAUAUCCGGAGAUUUAUACCUCACCCCCGGUAAAAGUCAAAAGAUUAUUAUCAGGACAUGGACAAACGAGAGGAAUAAUGGGAAUAGAAAUCGAGAUGAAACAAGAAGAAAUCGAUCGAGAUCCACGACAAGAGAUUGUUUAUUUCGAAGAAUUACCUUGGUGGUUAACGAUUUAUUUACAUACUUUAAAAGUCGAAGUUGAUGGUAUUCAAAUCAAAUAUCCAACUCGAGUGAUCACCAAGAAAACAAUCAAGCCUUCAAUACAAAGAGAACGCCCAUACAGCUUUACGAUGACCCUGAAUUUCCCUUCCUCCGAUGAUAUGAAGGUCAACCUAUCCAAUAUUCAAUCAGAAGACCGAAAUUCGAAGAAAAAGAACACUCAACUACGAAAGAUGAAGAUUUAUUUCGAAUACGAGAAAGAUUUAUUACUCUAUACUGAAUAUUCUUCUGAUGCUAAUAGAGGAUUCGACUUGAAUCCAGCAGCAUUAAUCUUGUAUUCCUCAAAAACCAAAAAUAAAGAUCAAGGCGAUGAACUCGCUCAUGACAAUCUUCAUCAAAGCGGUCUUAAUUCUUCAGCUUCUGAUCAUAGAGGUAGUAGUGUAAGCCUUCUCUCAACACAGCAAAAUUCAUCUCCUCCUUACUGA